GCAAGCUAUCGUAAGAAGUUUGAAAAACGCUAUGCUGAGGAACACGAGAACUACAUCGCUCUCUUUAGCGGCAUACACGAAGGAUCCAAUUUCUCUACUGCAAAAUUGUCCGCAAACAGUCUGACCAGAGCGUUGCGGUUUUCUUGCAUGCUUGGAAAUCCCAAAGCCACUAUUGCUCUCUUGGAUAAUGGCGCCGACCCAACGGUUUCCGAUUCCAACGGUGUGUGCCCGCUGCAUUGGCUCUUCAUGUUCCCUGACUCGGUCAUCCCAGCCAUGGCCAAACGGCUAUAUAUUCAAAAAGACGCCAAGGUAUCGUCCAAAGAAUCCUUCCAAAAGGUUUUUAACACUAGUUUUGCGGACAACUAUGAAGCCGCAGUGAAUACUGCAUGGAAACAUAUGCGCAUUCGUCUCGAGUCCUCUUUGAUCGAGGGCUGGGGAAACGCUAUGGGCGAUGAAAACCGAGGAUGGCUUAAUGAGUUCCAGGCAGCACGCGAUACAUUCCUACAGAAGAUGCGCGACAAAGUAAAAGAGUCAUUCAAUCCGAGCUGGAACGAAAUAUUCGGAGAACCACGUAUGAAGGAGUUCAACACCAUCUUCGAAGACUCGCUCCCAGCAGCUGCAAAGAAAUCCAACAUAUCACCAACUACAAAAUUUUCAUUCAGCAUUGACCCACAGCUGCCUAUUGGUCUGACCGGCACGCCUUUAGCCUUUGCUACUAUGGCUCGAUCCGCCCCUACAGUGCGUGCUUUAUUAGACCUCGGUGCUAGUCCACACUGCUCUGGGCAUCUAUGCAGCCCAGGGCCAUGUUGCAGGGCUUCAGCGUGGUAUAUUGCAUGUGCGUUGCACAUGACCGACAUUCUUCGUAUUUUCAUUGAAAAUAAUACUCUGGACAACGUCAACAAACUUGGUCCUGGCUCCGAAUUCGACAAGCCACUGGAUAAACUGCAAGCUAUGUUUGCAUUGUUCAAAUUCUCAUCUGAGGCGAUAUAUGCUGAGACAAAAGCCACACAGUUAUUUCACCAUGGUGCAAUGACGCGAGAUGCGGCGAAGGAAACAGCAAAGAUUCUUUUCCAUCACUUCCUUCCUCACGUCGAAUCUCUUGCAACCUACGACCUAAACGAAUGCCAAGUGGAGAUGGACGUCGAUGCGACCAAGUCAGUAACACUCCCGAGGAUACUGGAGCAACUCUGCCAUCCUACUAUUCGAAGCGGCAAUAUCGAGGCAAUCCACACGAUAUUGUCUAUCAUUCGUGAAUAUGCCCAGGACAUACCUUUCAAGCGUGAAGAUCUGGACAACCUGUUCUUCCUUUGUACCGAUGUUGCAUGCUCUUCUUCUUUCAGCUGGCACGAUACCUUGGCCGUCCUCCAGGUCGGCCUUGAUUUGGGUGUUGACAUCGACUGCUCGCGAGACACACCUUUCACCAGAAGACCCAUCAAUAUUGCCAUCGGUUAUCAGAGCCUUGACGUUGUCGAGUGGUUUAUCCAACAAGGAGCGAGCCUCUCAGCACAAGACCUGGAGGGCAAUACGCCAGUACAUCAUAUGGUCUCCACUCUAUCAGCGUCGGUUUUUGACCGGGUGAAAUUGAAAAAUCUUGUUGCAUCAGUCGGUGUGCAAAACUUGCAUGGCAUCACACCUCUCCAACAAGCCAUUAUUUCACGCAGGACUGAGGAAGUUGCGAUUCUGCUGGACCACUUUGUACGGUCUAAUAUCGAGACUGAUUAUCAAUCGCUUCUUCAAACGGCGGCCGGGAUUGACAAGGACUUUGAGGCUGUCCCACUUGUCUUGACACACGCGGCCAAAGCAAACAAAGCUUCAACGCUUUGUCUGGCACCGAUCCUGGAAAUUGCCGUGUCAAAAAACUCUUGUGACGUUAUCCAAACCCUGCUGGACGUUGGUGCCGACAUACACGCGAUCCAUAGUUCAGGAUUGUCUUUCUUUCAUCAUGCUGUCGGGGAAGGGAGGGCUGAGGUAACAAAAGCCUUCCUACAAUCCGGAACAGUGUGUGUGGACCAACUAUGCAGCGACCUGGCGGCGCUGCAGCAGGCCGUAAUUACUUCAAUUGGAUCCAAGAGGACCGAGACUGGGCGAAGCAGAGUGCGUGAGUGCACUGAACUUCUCAUCAAUGCAGGACUUGAUUUAAAUCUUAAGGGCCAAUAUGGAACAACUAUCCUGAAAUCCCUCGUCAGAUGGCCCCAUGGAGAUGACAGAACAUCUCUUCUCAAGCAGAUGAUCAUUAAAGGGGCUAAUCCACACGCGGAAGGCGAGGAUGGGAACAGCUUAUUCCAGAAGGCCAUUGCGGCUGCUGAUUUUGAAUUGACACAAUGCCUUCUCGACUCACAGCCCCAAGAAUAUGUCAACGGCCACAGACAGACGCUGUUACACAUAAUUGCCGCCAACACACCAAAUCAUGGUGUCACGAGCAAGAAGCAAGCCGAUGCACUUUAUCACAUAGUGCAGAAGGUUGUCCUGAGAGGCACAAACCCUUUCCUUGUUGACAAUAGUGGCUGCACAGCCAUGGAAGUGGCAGUGCUGUCUAACAACGAUUCCCUUUGCUCUAUUUUUCUCCAAACAUCUCGAAAGUUGAUUGACGGCAAUUCCUCCAAAGAUUGGCAGUCGCUGUACAUGACUUUGAUCGACCGUGCAUGGCGACGGGCAAUCGAGUUCGCAUUAUGGGGACCAGUAUGCGCUUUCAUCGAAAAUGGGUUUAAGGGUUCUCUGGCUCCUAUUGACCCAGCGCAUGCAGUCAAGCUUUUCGAGUAUGCCAUUGUGCGCAAGAAAUCAGAGGUAUUUCUCCAGCUACUUGGCCAUGCUGAUGGGAAAGUUCCUGAGUUAGACUUCGUCUGCAAAGAUCCGCAUAUGAGUACAGCUUGGGACCGUAUCCGCGUUGACUUGGGAAUGGAUUUCCGUUUGAGAAGACUGUUCAAAACAGAAAAAAUAGUAGCUACGUCCCCGUCAGGCCUUAAAAUGCGGGACAAACCGGCUGAAAGAAUAAUCCGCCUAUCAAGUGGACAAGAACUGCGGUUUCCCGUCCGCUCUUCCUCAAAUUUCGCGGAGUAAGGAAUAACCCCUUUACAUGCUACCUACCUUUACUUGUCAGCGUUGAAGGCUUUUAUGUAGUUGGAGCGUUUGCUUUUACUGCCUUGUAAAU